AUGAAAGAAGUGUUGGAGAUACCUGAGACGAGCAAAGUUCAGCGCUCGCUUUCGUUCAACGGGGAGACCGAGAAGAAGGAUGACGUGGGUGUCGAGGAAAAGGAUGGUGAAGGGACGAAGGAUGACGUGGUUGUCGAGGAAAAGGAUGGUGAAGGGACGAAGGAUCAAUUGGAAGAGGAUGUUGAUGAUGUAGAGAGUGUCCCUUCACUUAAUCUAUCAGAAGAGAAGGUCGUUGUUCCAACUAAGGUGGUUGUUUCUGAUGAUUCGUUUGAGAGGAAGUUGAAGCGGGCGGUGAAGGAUGAUUUUGAUGAUGCUGCGUUCGAAAGAUUCAAAGAAUCUGGAGGGAAGGUGAUUGGUCCGUUCACUGUGAAGAAGGGUUACUCAAAUCAACAGUACGAGUUGUUCCGUUACAUUUUCUCUAGCGCCAAUGAUCCGAGUGAAGUGUUAGCCCAUUUUGGGAAGGUUGAGGUCGAGCGGAUGUAUUUCAAAUGCAUGAAACCGGAGACCGAUAUAUCACACAGUCUCAUUGAUUGCUUUGCUCAAAUCAUGAAUUUUCGAGAGAAGAAGCGCAACGGCAUUGGAAGUAAGAGAACUUGGUUUAUGCCCACCAGAAUUUCGGUAUGAAAUUUGAUAUUUAAAAGUGGACAUGAAUCUUUUGUAUUUGUGCUGUAAACUCUGUUAAAUCUAUGUUUUUAUUUAAAAUGUAAUCUAUUAUGUGUGCUUAUU